AGAAACCAGUAGAGUCGCACAGAACCACAGGGAGGAGAACCCAGGAGAACCCAGGAGAACCCAGGAGAACCCAGGAGAACCUGGCAAGCAGGACGUCUAACAGAGCAGAGGAGACAGGAACCUGCAGCAGAUCAGGAGAGUACAGAGCCGUAAACAGAGCUGAUCUGAGGACAGUAGAACCCUCUGUGAGAACACAGCAGAGAGAAGUGCAAAGUAAGACUGCAGCUCACGGUGGAGUACGAACAACCGGCCAGCAGCUCCUGACCUGGACUCACUGACACACACACACACACACUGCGGCAGAGAUGUCACACUCUUGAGGAACAUUCGUGGAUUAAUUUCUUUAUUCUACAAAAACAGAAGAAGAAGGUUCCUCCCUCCCCGCCCCCCCUCCCCCAGCUCCAUCAUGCCCGUCCUCAAAAACCUCCCAGUGCGCCUGAAAGGCGGCGGUCCGACUCUAGACAACGCUUGGAUCCUGCGCAGGAUGAGCCUCAACAUCACACCCCACCAUCACAACCCCUUUGACAAUGACGACGGCAUCCACGGCAACGGUGGCCACAGCGACCACUGGUCGCCCGGCAGCUCACUGCUCGACGGCGACGUGCCAAGGGAUCGUAACCCGUUCGAGGACGAGGAGGACGAGAACGAAGCCAAUGAGGGGAAAAAGGGAAGCGGAGUUGGAGGCGGAGGUUCGGUGAAGGGAUCCUUCAAAUUCAAGUCCCCACUGAAGACUCUGGGGAAGCUGGGGAAGAACCUGAGAAUGUCAGGGAGGAGCAAAGGAAGUGAAACACCGUCGCCUCAGGGUUCGCUGCAAGGAACGCCUUCACCUGCAACGAAGAAGAAGAGAGGGAGGAGGAGCUCUGAAGGAAGUCUGUUAAGGUUUGCGGGGAAGUACCGCGACACCAUCGGCUCCCGUAAGGAGUCUCUCACCAACGGCGAGCUGAACUGUUCAGAGAGUGAGUGCGACUCAACCAGCCGGCGCCUGUCCUUCAUGAAGAUGGUUGGUCUGGGGAAGCUGAAGAGGGAGUCCAUGAACGACCACUCGUCCCAGGGACCUGAGGAGCAGCCGGUGAAGGAGGAGGUGGUGGAGGAGGUCAAACCCAGAGAGCCGCUGUCAGUCCUGGAGAUCCUGCAGCUGGUGAAGAAGCGGGACCUGCUGUUGGCCGACACACACAUCCUGGAGCUGGAGCAGGAGUGUAAUGAGUCCUUGGCGGCCGAGCGUGCCGCCGGGCCGCAGCCUGAGGACACCACCAGCCCCAGCGUCAAAGACGGCGGGCGGAGGAAGGCGAAGGACGUGGAGCUGCUGUACGAGGAGCUGCAGAAGGAGCUGUGGGCCGUUGUCAGGGAGUCUCUGAGGUCCCCGACGGCCGGGCCAAACCUGGGCCUGGUGGUGCAGGUGCUGCAGCAAGAGGAGCAGGUGGACAGAAACUGGGCCGUAAGUGAGGCUGCGGCCCUCGGGGGCCCGAGGCCCCGCCGUCUGAAGCAGAGGUGGAGGGAGGCGGUGGACGAGGCGGCUGACGGCUCUUUGCCUCAGAGGGCCGAGUUCACAGCUGGAGAGCUGGACAAGUACCUGGACCGGCUCCGAGCCCGGGUGGUGGAGGACCUGGGGGCCGCCAAGAGGAACGUGGUGUCCAUCUACCCUGAAGACUACCAGCCCUUCCAGGUGUACGUGCAGAGCUACCACCAGGCGGUUGCUAGGCGACUGCAGGCCAUCACUGACAACCAGCUGGAGAUCACUGACAUCUACUCCCUGCUGGACUGGCUGCACAACAUCUACAACAGAGACGUUCUGGGGACGGUGUGCAUCACAAGUCCAUUCAGCCGCGCUCAGCUGAGUCCUCUGCUGCCUGUGGAGACUGUGGACAGACUGGAGCUGGACUGUCUCAACUCUGUCAGGGCUAAAGUGACCACAGAGCUGAGUCAGGUCCUGGACGAGGAGGAGAAACGAUGGAUGGAGACGCUGCACAUCGAGGAGUAUCAGAUCACUCUGGCCAAGACCGUCAUACAGAGGCUGCAGGUCGAUCUGGAGCGUUCGGCCUCCAUCAACAGCAGUUUGGGCUCCAGAGUGGCUCAGUGCAGCCUCAACGGCCUGGCUGACUUCCUGUACAGUUUCCAGCGUAAAGCAGACAUGUUUCAUGAAGGGAUGCAGUUCGGCAUGUUUGGAGACAACGAGGACGGAUAUGUGUCCAAAACCAUCGCUCUGGUCAACUGCUGCCCUCCAUUCAGAGGGUUUGUGCAGCGCUGUGUUCAGUGUGACCCGUCGGUCAGCGAGGACUCACUGCGUCGAGCCAAUAAAGCUCUGGAUCACAUCGUCCAGCAGGGAAUCAGAGUCCUGUCUGAACGGCUCUACCUGCACAUCAGGCCGUUCUUUGAGCGCCUGGUGAAGAGGAAGUGGCUGAGCAACACGGAGGCGUACGAGCAGAUCGAAGCCGUCAUCAAAGAAGACUUUAAGAAGUAUCACAGGAUGGACAGUCCUCCCUACCAGCUGUUGGUGGCGGAGGUGCACCGGCGGGUGGUGAUGGAGUACCUGCGCUCGGUCAUGCGAGGCAGAAUCAUCUGCACCUCCAUGAAGAUGAGGAAGAGGAUGGCCAGCCGGCUCAGAGACGAAGGCAAACAGAUCAAAGUCCUCUUCAAAGACCUGGAGUCUCCAUCCAGCUGGUUGGACAACGCCCUGUCCCACAUCUCAGAGAUCAUCCAGCUGGAGGACGUCCCCUCCAUCCAGAUGGAGGUCGGCGUUCUGGUCCGAGAGUUUCCAGACGUCAGGAAGAAGCACGUGUCGGCCAUUUUGAACAUACGGGGGAUGACUCGGCAGGCGGAGCGUCAGGAGAUCCUCAACAUCGUGAAAGACAUCGAGAGCAGCGACGCCGCCGGCGGUGGCAGUGGUGGUGGCGUCAGCUCGGCCCGGCUGACCCGAGACCGCGCCCUCUUCUCUGAGGUGCCCGUCACCUCUGAGGUCCACUGCCUGAACGUGGGCCUGAGCCGCAUCGCCCUCACCGCCUCGUCCUGCUUCAGCAUGCUGCGACCGCGACCACGCAAGACCAGGACGCCCGUUCAGGAAAAUCCUGACGAUGUCCUCUGAACCGCCGACCGACAGCACCGGAGUCGGACGGACCUGCUGUCUGCUGGCCUGGUUUUUAUCACCAAGUAUUAAUAGAAACUUUUUCUAUUUUCAACAGAGUCCUGAUUAUUUUUACCCGAGCUUUCGCUGACUGAAUGUUUCCAUCAGGCUGCUGCUUCACACGAAUCCACCGGAGACACUACAAAGAUUGUUUCUCUGCAGGAGACUCGGGAGACGUUUGUCCAGCGGAGACUUUGAGACUAAUAUCAGACCAACUUCUAAUCAUUUCGACUCUUUUGAUUUCAGUUUCAUGAAAAUCUGUGUGAAGUGCAGCUUUGACACUUUUACUUUCUGAGCUCUGAGAGGAAAACUGUCCCACAGGAGGGAAAAGGAACAGACAGACGUCCCUGGUGGACGAGGAGUGAUGAUGCUGAGAGGACUGAACACAAAGCUGAGUGGGUGUAGGCAGAGGAUGGGAGGAUUAUUAGCAAGAUAAUUAAACUCUCUUCCAGUGAAGAUAAGAAUCAGUUCUCCUUACUGAAGCACAACAAAAUGAUUUUAAAUCAGAAAAAUUCAGACGCACUUUUUGUGUUGUUUUAACCUCGUCAGCAAAGAAAUGUUGGCACUGUGCGUUUCUGCAAACCACAGAAAUUAUGUGGUCGAUACUUUAAAACUUUACAUUUCAGCAGCGCUGUGGUUCAUGUGUGGUUUGUUUCAGAAACCAAAAACACUUAGGGUCAGAAAAAGAUCAGGCGUUAACCACUUUUUGUGGCACGAACACACCAUAAAACGCAGCAACGUCUCAAUUACAAACAGCCACUUUAUGUGGUGCUAUCCCGAUAUGAAGCACAGCGGUGGCUCCGUUAGAGACAACUUCUUUCUUUAGCGCUAUCUCGGAACGAAAUGCAGCGACGUCUUGAUUAGGAACAAUCCUUGUUUUUUGGCGCUAUCCUGGCACAGUGAUGUCUCAUUAGAAACAAUCACUUUUUUUGGCGCUAUUGCGGCAAGAAAUGCAGCAACGUCUUGGUUAAAAAACAACCGCUUUUUGUGCUGCUAUCCCGGCAUGAAACGCGACAAUGUCUCGGUUAGAAACAACUGCUUUUUUGUGGUGAUAUCCUGGCAGGAAACAGCAAUGACUCAUAGGAAACAACCACUUUUUUGGCGCUGUCCCACCGUGAAACGCAGCAACGUCUCAAUUAGAAACAACCACUUUUUGUGGUACUCUCCCGACAUGAAGUGCAGCGGUGGCUCCAUUAGAGACAACUUCUGUCCUUAGCGCUAUCUCGGAACGAAAUGUUGCAACGUCUUGAUUAGGAACAAUCACUUUUUGUGGCGCUAUCCCAACAGGAAACACAGGGACGUCUUGAUUAGGGACGACCGCUUUGUUUGGCGCUAUCCUGGCACAAAAUGCAGUGAUGUCUUGGUUAGAAAUGACAACUUUUUUGGUGCUAUUUUGCCACAAAACAGCAAUGCUCAUUAGAAACGAACGCUUUUUGUUGUGCCAUAACGGCACGAAAUGCAGCUAUGUCUCAGUUUGAAACAACACCUCUUUGUGGCACUAACACACCAUGAAACACAACAAUGUCUCGGUUAGAAAGAACCACUUUUGGAAACACAAUGAUGGGUUGCUAAAAAACAACCGGUCUUGAACAGUGGUCUGCAUCUUGGCGUCUCUCCUGGGAGUCACGCCAUCCAUCAUCCCCUCAAUCUCCUGAUGACAGAUUCAGCUCAUAAAGCGCGUCACUUUAGAAUCGUUGAUGUGAUGUGUAUGCGACACGUGUAUUUGUGGUUUGCAGAAACGCACAAUGCCAACGUUACCGUCUGGCAACUGAGCUGCUUCUUCGUAGGAUGGAAAAUCAUUUGUUUGGACCCAAACGUCUCGCGUGAUUUGGGACCUGCAGCUGCAUCAGGACAAAGAGUUCCUGUAGGACUCGUGGACUUUGAGCUGGAAGACGCCUCGUAGAGGAUCAAUAAAAGAAAAGCUGUCUUCUCUGCGUGCUGCUGUGGACUCUGGGACAGGAGCACAUUCAUUAAGGGACAGAGAGCGGGACAGAGACUGAAGCAGAGUGAAAGACUGCAGCUGGGGGUCAGGUGACCUCAGGGUCUCACACUUUAAUCCAGGUCUGGAUGAAAUUCAGGAUUAUUUUGGGGGUUUCAGAGAAUCUCAUUUACGCUCUUAUUGGAAAGUUCAGUUUAUAAUCCGCGGACACAGAAACUGGAGAGUUUGUUUUAUUGUUGCACACGAUAAAAGGUAAAAAUCAAAGGUACUAACGAUGAUCUGAGUGAUUAUAGUCGGAGCUCUUUGGUGUGAUGAGGUUUAUUAAAUAUGUGGGAGAUAAAUAUUAGUUCUUUUGGUGAUACAAUAAUAUCGACUGUAGAACAUGUUGUUGCUGAUUUAAAGAGUUAAACCAACAGUGUAGACGUAGAGACUGAAGAGAGACACCUCGCUCUGCUGACACAACGUUGACAUAUUUUAAUGGUUUAUUCUGCAUUUCCACAUUUAAUGCUUUUAUGUCUUUUAGCUCCUGAACUACAAACAUGAUGUUUAAUUUCCUGCUGAUUGUUUUCAAACCAUCUGAUUGUUAUUGAUUACUUCUCAUCUCUCCAUAAAAAUCAACUUUUGUUUCUGCAGAGUUUUCACGUGCUGAUGGGCGACGUCACCGGACGCUCUGUCGUUCAUAUGAAAAUGUCAUAUUUCAUAUUUAGACUCUGCAGCAGGUGUGAAGGCAGAUUCAACCGCUCACUUCCUGUCAACACUUUCAAAAUAAGAACAUGUAGUCGCUCGCUCUGACCACCGGAGGGCAGCAAACACACGUCACCUCUGCUUUUAUUUUCCAUUUUUAAAUUCUGUCUCUUGGAAAUGUGGAUGUAUGAAAUGAAUCUCUGUCUGUACAGAAAUCAGCUUUUAAUGACAAUAAAACUCAUCAGAUCACC